UUCAGUUGAAUUUGUGCAGUGGUGCCGACAGUUGGUUGAUUUCGGAACUUUUUGAGUUCGAGAACGUACAAUAACACACACCUUAGUUCCUUAGUUGAGCAAAUAACUAUAAUAAAUGUGAUUUUUGGCGCGGCACCUAAAGCACCAGUGCAUUAUUGACAUAUGUAAUUGUUUCGCGGAAAAUAAAUUCAGUGAAAUAAAACUAGAAAAAUACUAAAGUUUUAAAAUUAAAUAACUAAUUAUAUAUAAUAAAUAAACUUUCGAAAGUUAACAGUGAAAAGACAAUAUCAAAAUGUCUAAUACAGAAAAAGGAGGACUUAAUAGAUGCAGAGAUAUGCUAUCAUGUCGUCAAGUACUCAAUAUACUCACCAUGCUUGGCUUCAUGUUGAACUAUGCACUGCGCGUAAAUCUGACAAUAGCCAUUGUGGCAAUGGUGCAUCCAGAUGUGCACUCACCACCGCGUACGGUCGGCAAAAUGAGUGCCGCACAGCUAGCUGAUAAUGCCACAGCAGCAACAACCACAACUACGACCACGACAACAACAACUCAGCUGCCACCAACUGACGAUGGAAAUGAUUACUUUCCAUGGGACUCUUAUCAAACGAACUUUGUACUAGGUUCCUUUUUCUGGGGUUAUAUAUUAACUGAACUGCCCGGCGGUCGACUUGCUGAACUAAUCGGUGGACGGCGUGUCUUCGGACAUUCCAUGCUAUGGGCUAGUUUGCUUACACUGAUUACACCAUUAGCGGCACAUAUUAAUUAUAUAAUGUUAAUUAUUGUACGCGUUGUAUUGGGCUUUAUGUUGGGCGCAUCAUGGCCAGCUAUACAUCCUGUGGCGGCUGUAUGGAUUCCACCAAUGGAACGUUCUAAAUUCAUGUCGCACAUGAUGGCUUCCUCUUUGGGUGCAGCUAUAACGAUGCCGGUGUGUGGAUACUUCAUUUCCAUUUGGGGUUGGCCCAGCGUUUUCUAUUUGACAGGUGGUGUUGGCCUUUUGUGGUCUAUCUGCUGGUUUACCUUUGUUUAUGAGACACCCGCCACACAUCCGCGUAUCAGCUCUGAAGAACGGCGCGAAAUUGAAGACGCCAUCGGCAGCUCGACUUCCAAGAAACGUCCUAGCUAUGUGCCAUGGCGCGAUCUGUUCAGCUCAGCACCUGUGUGGGCAAUUGUAAUUACGCACGGUUUAUCUGUAUUUGGCUUCUUCACUGUCGUUAAUCAACUGCCGACAUUUAUGGAUCAAAUAUUACAUUUUAAUAUUAAACAAAAUGGACUUUUCUCUUCUUUGCCAUAUUUGGGCAAAUAUAUAAUGGCUUUCAGUUCGUCCUGCUUUGCUGAUUAUCUGCGGCAGCGUGGUACGCUGUCUACAACGGCCACAAGGAAGGUGUUCACCGGUUUUGCACUGAUAUCGCCCGGCACCUUGAUGAUUGCGCAAAUAUUUUUGGGACGCGAUGCAGCGUGGUCAGUGACGAUCUUCACCCUGGCCUUAUUCACACACGGCGCCGUAACAGCAGGCUAUCUCGGCAACGGCUUGGAUAUUGCGCCCAAUUUCAGCGGCACCAUUUUCGGUUUGGCCAAUACGCUCUCUUCAUUCGGUGGCUUCUUGUCGACGUGGAUGGUGGGUGCGCUGACCUAUGAUGAUAAAUCAUAUCAUCAAUGGCAAAUAGUUUUCGGCAUAUUGGCCGUCACUUACAUUUCCAGCGCUAUUGUUUACAUUAUUUUGGGCUCCGGCGAAUUGCAGCCUUGGAACAAUCCACCGGAGAAACAACGCAGAUCUGUUGUUAGUGCCGAGGAGGGUGAACCAUUAAAGAAUGAGAAGGCGAACGGCUUGGAAGAUGCUUUGAAAUAAGCAGCAUAUUUCGGAGAUUAGUAAAAACUAAUGUAAAAGCAUUACUUUCAAAAGCAGAAAGUAAACUGUUACACAAAAAGUUUAAAGUAUUAGAGAAAUAUUUUCAGACCACAACAAACGCCUUGUCAACAACAUAUUAUAAGCAUUUUUGCUACAAGGUUAUAUUAUGUGGAUAGGAAAUAUAUUUGUAAUGGAAAAAGCAAUUAAGGCCAAUCUCAGUCACUCAUUUAGUUAUGUGCACCCCCACCUAAACGCGUAAUGCCAUAAAUAGUGAUUGAACUUAGUGUUAGAGAUUCAUCAAAAUUCUACUUUAAGCCAUAUAUAUGUACAUGUUAUAA